CGGCGGGCCAGAGGCAGCGGCAUGGCGGGCGGUGCGGAGCCGGGCUCUCCCCGCGGCCGGCGGUGCUCGUCCCCGGCCCGCAAGCGGCUCAAGCCGCUGCGGACUGUGGUGGCGUGGAGGGGCCGGGCGGAGUGGGACCAGGUGAUGGUGGGGCUGUACUGCGGGGACAGCCGUCUGCAGCAGGAGGCGCUGGACCGGGUCUCGGCCUGGAAGAGUCGGUAUGGUCCCAAAAUGCCGCUUGCAGUGGAUUGCACUGCCGAACUGAUUCGCUGCAAGGUCCUGGAUUCAUCCGGCAGGUUGAAGUCGCAUGAGCUCAUCCUCUCCUAUGGGCUGGCGCUUGUGAGAUUUGUCAACUUGAUCACAGAAAGGAAACAGAAGAUGGUCAGCAUUCCGCUGAGACAAUUAGCCAGAGAGGUGGACAUCCCCAUCUGGGUGGUGGAUCUCCGCCAUGAGCUGACCCACGGGAAGCUGCCGCACCUGGCUCUGUGCCGCAGGGGUUGUGAUGUUGUGUUGGAGUGGCUACGAAAGACGUAUUGGAGUCGUCAGCUGGGCAAUAACUUGUGUGAAGAAAGCGAGGACGAGGACGAGGAGCAGGAGGGGGUGGAAGCAAAUGCCGAGCUGGACAGUGAUGCGUGGGAGAUUCAAACCCCACAGCAUGAGGCCUGUCAGAAACACAAGGAAUUCCAUGAAAAAGUCAGAGAUGUACUGAUAUCCUACAAGAAUGAGCAGUUUCGGGUUAUGCAGACUGUGCAGUCUGUGUCGAAGUCUCGAGAGCUGUGGUCCGAUUCCUCUUCAGAAGUGGAGUGGAUUUUGGCUCAGAUCAAAGACCUCAUGCAAGAGAACAGGGAGGCCGUGGCUGAAGCUCUUCUCAGCGAUGGCUUUCUCAUCCCCAAGAUGGAAUGUCUGAAGAUGCUCAAUAUCAAGUAUGAAGCAAAUAAAGAGGUUUGGCAAUUCAGAAUUCCCCAGACGUUUUACUGCUUUUGGCAGCCGUUGCUCACAGGCCUCCUUUCCCGAAGUUUUACACAGACCCUAAUAGAGAAAAUGUUCAUGGAGCUGAAGGAAUGUUCUGACUCUUCAGAGCUGCGGCCCCAGUUCCUGAUCAACUGGAUUUCUGAGCUGCUGACUGGCAUUGCCAGAGUGAACGCUGCAAAGAAAAAACAACAGUCUAACAAGCAGGUGUCUGGGAAGGACCUGUUCCUCCACAAAGUUCCUUUGCAGUGGAUAAGACUGACGGAUAACUGCUUGGAAGCUCCCUGCUGGGCAACCCCACACCUUCUGCAGCUGAUACUCACAGUCAUGAGACCUCGCUUGUCACGUUCUUCACGGAAGAACCUUCUCUAUCUCGCUUCUGUUUACACGGAAGGGGCUGGCCCCUUGUCCUGCACAGGCCUCUCUUCAGACUGCGGUGAACAGCCAGUUUACACUAUUGAGAGCUUACAGUGGAGGGCCAAGCAAGAAAAUCAGGUUAAAAAUCAAGGGCAAACUGUAGAGGAACAAGAAGAUGUACUGGAGAGAAAUGAUGAUGUAGAGGAGGUGGAGGAGGAAGAAGAGAUGGUGACUGAAACAAAUCCUUUGGAAGGACUCGCUCAUCCUGGUAACGUGGUGGCUCUGGCUGAGAAAAGGGCAGCGCUGCAGGGGUCCGCCUGGCAGGUCACUGCAGAUGAAGUGCAGUGGAAAGACUUCCCUCUUGGGAAGCUCCCAGGUCAGACAGAUGACCCUGAUGGUCUCAUGUUGGACAAUUAUUCCAUGAUGUCUCUGCUCGAUCAGCCGGCGAGAGAUGAGUGGAAAACACCCAGUACAAGCUCUGCGGAACUGAAUGUCCCUGGGUCAGGACUGUUAUGGACCCAGAAUGACUUCCAUAAAAUAAAGAGCGGCCUCCAGCUUUUCUAAGACAGGAGAGUGCUCUGCAGCUUCGGUAUCGCACCAGGUCCUCGUUAACUGGACUGUGGAGCCCCUCAUAUUUCAGUGACGCCAAUAUUGUCCUGUAUGAUUUUCCAGGAUGAGAUUGUGCUGCGGUUUUCUCUAACUAGGAUUCCAUACGGAGCUUCGGGGAUCAAGCCAAGUUAUAACAUGGAUGAACACACUAUAGGGCAGUAAAUACCAUCAAAAAUGUUUUUCUCACCAUUUUUUUCAAGUGCUGGUUUGAGGACACUUUGUGUUUGCUGUUACUUCUGUCAGGAUUUUGCUGAGGUUGGUAACUAACACUCUGGUCCUCGCUGGAGCUGCUGUGAUUCCUGCAGAAAUGGACUCGAGUACCUUCUUGGACAGUUGCUGAGAAAAAAAGACUUCCAGCUAGUUUUUCCUAGAUUUGGUUUUUCUGUAUUAAAGGUUCUCAGAACUUGGAGGUUUUUGCAAUCACCCAUCAAAAACUGGAGUUUAAGCGUAUCUUUAUCGCAGGACUCUGCAGGAAGGAUUUGCUGGAGCGCACUUUUCCAGAGCCCGUCUCGGCAGUCUGAUAACCGGCGCUAUUGCAAACGGAACGGGCGCAGGAGCCAGCGCAGCCUUGUGAAACGGAGCCUCUCGUUCCUUGGAGCUGCUGCCGACAGGAUGGGCUGAUGUUCCGCUCAGAGGUGCGGCAGCUGACGCUGGAGAGCACUGAAGUGCAAGUUAGAACAGCAGUUCCACGGGUGCCUGGGGCUGGCUCUCACAGAAAGGCUUAGUUAAAUGUCCAUAAUAUAACUAUUAUUUCUUUGUUCUGCUUUUGGCAUCCUGCUCUACUGCAGCUACUCUUUACCAGACAGCCCAAAGUUGUUUAAAAUGGAAGAUACCUUGUACUUCCUUCUCUAAAAACAAGCAGUGCUAAUGUGGAAGAACACAAACUUCUCUUUCUCUUAGGAGCGAUUUUUCAUGUAAGCCCUUCCCCUUUCUGGUAUUUUUAGAAAUUUUUCCUUUUACCCAGCAGUUCCUCAGGAAAUUUUGAGGGAAGAGGAUUUGUUCUUUUAUUACUGUAUUGGGUAGAGUAUGAAAUUUCUUAAAUGAUUGUCUUUGGUACUUCUGAGUCUGCCACUGCAAACGUAACAGUUCAAAGAGGAAAGAGUGAUGCUGGUAAAAUACUGUGUUACAUAGAAUUUUUUUGCCCUACAGUAAAAGUUUACUUAGUAAAAUUUGUCUGUUUUCAACGUGCUAACUCUGUACUUUGCCUGAAGCUCAUUCUGUGGGAGCAGGAGCGGCAGCAGUGGGGUUUUCCUAAAUUACUUGACUUUUCCUUCUUGAGAUUGCUUUCUCCUGUACAUUUUGGGCUCUUGCCUAAGGAGGGUUACAAAAUAAAAAGCUAGAAACCAAUAA